GCAGACGGCAAACCCUUCCGGAGACUCGCCUUGAAAAAGUGCAAGGGGCGUGCGAAUCCGGGCGCGAUCUUCUAUCCCUGCCGCCGCUGCCGCCGUGCCCACCACUUGCCGCGGCGGGGUUGACUCGGCAUCGCAGCGAGUCCAGGCCGGCCGGGGAGGCUCUGCGGGUGGGCGGGGGCGGGGCCGUAGGAUCCACCCGGCCGGCGCGUCCAAGUACACGUACGCGUAUAUAUGCGCGCGCGCGCGGGGCCCUGCUGCUGCUCGACCGCCAGUGCCAAAAGUCAACCCCAUCCCCCCCUCCUUCUCCUCCUCCUCCUGCCCAGACGGCCAGACGAGCACCGCGCCGCACGCGUCAAAGGCUCGGGACGCCGGUCGCCGUUGUUCAUGCGCGCCGCGCUGCUGCUGCUCGUCAUGGCGGAGCACUUCAACGACUGGGACCUACAGGCCGUCGUCAGGAGCUGCGGCGGCGUCGCCCACCCGGACCCGCCCGCCGGCUGUCCCCGCGGCGCCGCCGCGGCGCCGCGGGAGAAGGCGGAGGAAGAGGCGCCAGCGCCAGCGGAGCCGGCCACGCUUCCCGCAGCGGAGCCUGCGCGUGCGGCGCCGGUGGCGCCGCCGGCGCAGGGACACGAGCGGGCGACGCCGCCGGCGGCCAAGGGCGCGGCGCUGCUGUACGACCUGGAGUACCUGGACUUGGACCGCAAGCCGUUCCUGCUGCCGGCCACGCCGCCGCCGCUAGCGGGGGACGACCCCCGCGAGCGCGAGGUGAUGAUCUCUUUCCCCGCGGCGGCGGCGGCGGCGGCGGCGGCGGCCUCGACGUCCGGGGCGCAGCAGCGGGCGCUGCCUCCUGGACGGAAGGCCGGCGCGCGCACACCGCGGCCUAAACGGAGCAAGAAGAGCCAGCUGAAGAAGGUGGUGCGCGAGAUGCCGGUGGCCGACGGCGGCGCGUCGUCGUCGGACCCGUGGGCGUGGCGCAAGUACGGCCAGAAGCCCAUCAAGGGCUCGCCUUAUCCACGGGGGUACUACAAGUGCAGCAGCAUGAAGGGGUGCAUGGCGCGGAAGCUGGUGGAGCGCAGCCCGGCCAAGCCCGGGGUGCUCAUCGUCACGUACGUGGCCGAGCACUGCCACCCCGUGCCCACGCAACUCAACGCGCUCGCCGGCACCACGCGCCACAAGUCGUCGUCGUCGCCCAAGAGCCACGACCACGAGCAGGGCCCUCCGUCUGUCGGCGAGGACGCGGCGAGGCGCGACGCCGACAGCAACGACAAGUUGGCGCUGGAGUUAGGCGCCGAGGAGAUGGCGGCCGGCGACGACGACAACGAGCUGUGGCCCGCGGGGAUGGACCUGGACGAGCUCUUGGCGCCCGUCGACGACGACUUCGACUUCGAGCAUGCCAUCGACGACGGGGAUGGCGUUCUGGGACGGCGGCUCUCGCUCUAGCAGGAGCUUGGGCGCUGUGGCGUCAGAUCAGAACCAUCAACUGCAGCUGCAGCAGAGAAAGAUCCUGACUACAAGAGAAGCGGUGUAUAGGCGUCUUUUGGCCGUGUUUAGGUUCGGCUAAAAAUUUUUUGCGUUGGAAUCUUACUAAUUUUAAGUACUAAAUAAAGUCUAUUUAAAAACUUUUUGCACAAAUGAAUUGUAAAUCGCGAGACGAAUCUAAUGAUGCUAAU